UGAAAAAUUUGUACGAAAACAAUUUGAGAGAAUAGUAAAACAUUAAAACUAUUAACUCCAAAAAAGUUUUGAAUGAUACAUUAUUGAAAUGUUCUCAUAGUGACCGCGAAGCUUCUGACGAGUUUAAAUACAAUUAUAAGCUGCGACAAAUAGACUUAAAUUUAAAUUUUGCGCGUAUAAUUCGAUCUAUUCGAUCAUCACCUAAUGGAAUAUUAUGUUUGUAAUCGGGUAAAGAGAAGCACCGAGACUCAGUAUGGAUGCGAAGCCCUAUUGUGUGGCAAUGACAAGCGAGCACAUCGCGAAUGGUUAGUUAGUGUUCGUUGUUCGAUGUUAGUGGAAGAAUAAAACACGAGGAAAGAAACGAGAGACAACUCAAAAAAGCAUGAAGCUCUUUACUUUGGUGAAAGUCGCGUACGCUAUGCUGAUAAUCACCUUGCUAUUGAUGAUGUGGGCAUCCGUGGUGCGAAUGCAUGAGCUACCGGUCCAAUAUCCACCCUGCUUCUUUAAUCCACUUUGCACUUGUUCGAAAGCCAUACCGGAUCUCGGCAUAGUGGCGUGCUACAACGUGCCGAUGCCGCGAAUACCACAAUUAAUUAAUUCAUCCAAGGUAUUCAUGCUCCUACUAGAGAACAAUGGAUUAAGAUUUCUACAACCACAAUACCUCAUGAACACUGGUCUUUACAAACUACAGAUUAAGCAUAAUCCUCUAGCCGAUAUUCCAGAAGAAGCCUUUCUAGGCCUCGAGAGAUCAUUAUGGGAGCUCGACUUGUCCUAUAAUCAACUUGCGAACGUACCAAGCAAAUCAUUUAGACAUUUACAAAAAUUGCGACUACUCGAACUCACAGGUAACAAGAUAUCUCGUAUAGUACCAGAAAACUGGCGUGGUUUGGAGAACUCCUUACAAACUUUACGUCUAGGAAGAAAUGCGAUCGAGAAACUACCAGCUGAUGCUUUUGUUAGUCUUACAUAUCUGGAGAUCCUAGAUCUUCGUGAGAAUAGCUUGAAGGAGAUCGAUCCUUCAGUGUUCAGAGAUGGGAUGGCUCACUUAACACAUCUUUAUCUGAAUGAUAAUCAAUUGACAUAUGUGCCAUAUGCCCAAUUGGCUUUAUUAAAACGCAUGAAAAUUCUCGAUCUUAGUUACAAUAGGAUAUCAAAAAUGCUGCAAAUUCAACAGGAACCAGAGGUCAGAGGUAUACAAAUGUCCUUGGACAUGCUGCAGCUAGAUUACAAUCAGAUCGAAACCCUUGAGUCCGGUGAUUUUCAGCAUUUUUUCAAGGUCAAUCGCACGUAUCUCAGAGGUAAUCCUCUGACGAUGAUCGAGGAGAGCACAUUUAGAGAUUCACGCAUUCGUGAGCUGUAUUUGAGCGAUUGCGAUCUGUUGGAGAUCAACUCAGCGAAUCUUGCCGGUUUGGAAUCUUCGCUUGAAUUAUUGGACGUAUCAGGAAACAAUAUAACUGUGCUUCCUAAUCGUCUAUUCCGAGAGUUCGAUUUCCUGCGUACGCUGGUCUUUCGUGAAAAUCGUAUCGAUACUUUUUCCCCAACCGAAGUUUUUAAUGGUUUCCAAUAUUCCUUGUAUAACUUGGAUCUCAGCGGCAAGCAGAACAGCAUGAUUUCCCUUCAAGAUCUGCGGCAAAUGAGAAAUCUACGUUUCCUCUCGAUCUCCCGAAUGCCACAGGCGAUCUUAUCACCGAAUGAUUUUCUAGAAUUCGGUAUGGAUAUUAAGGAACUUCGAAUAAUUAAUAGUAAUUUGAACACGAUCAAGGGUCAUACUUUCAUGCACGUUCGUGGGAUCAAGUACCUUGAUUUCUCUGAGAAUUCAAUAUCGACGAUAGAUGACGAAGCUUUUUCAGAGGUGGGCCAUUCUUUGUUGAUGUUAAGAAUAUCUCACGGCCUUUCCUCCACAAUUUCCGAAAUACCAAAUCGACCAUUGAAAUCGUUGACGAAUUUGCAGCAUCUCGAUUUCAGUAAUAACAAAAUUCGUUCCUUACCUGCUACGUCUUUCCAUUUCUUGAAAAGGAUUAAAUGCAUUGAACUACAGGAUAACGAAAUUGAUAAUAUACCGAAGGGUACCUUUCAGGGUGAUAUUCAUUCGUCGCUAGAAGAAAUUAAUUUUGCGUUUAAUCAAGUGAAAAAUCUGCAAACUCAUACGUUCGUCGAUUUGUCGACCUUAAUGAUAAUCAAUUUGGAAGAUAACGCCAUUGAAAAAAUCGAAAGACGGACUUUUAUGAACAUGAACCAACUUAAAUAUAUCAAUUUGCGCGGCAACAAGAUUAGAGAUAUCACUGAUGAAGCCUUUCAGAAUUUACCUGAUCUUGAGUUUCUUGAUCUUGCUUAUAACAAUCUUCAUGAAUUUGACUUUGCAUCGUUUGAUCAAGUGGGAACAUUGUCAUCAUUCAAAGUUAAUGUUAGCCAUAAUGAAAUUUCAAAAUUAUGGAUAAAUAACACUCUUUUUACAUCUUCGUCUAUCGUUGGCGGCAAUGUGCAAUCAAACAUCAAAGUUCUAGAUUUGAGUUACAAUAAUAUCUCUGAUAUCGCCAAAUAUUACUUCAAGCCAGUCGAGUACUCGCUCACUCAUCUGUAUCUGUCAAAAAAUCAAUUGAGAAACAUUACUCAAGGUAUCUUCAGCAACAUGCCUCACUUACAAUGGCUCGACUUGAGACACAACGAACUGAUGGAAAUUGACUUUGGUUGCUUCAAUAAUACGAAGAAUCUGCAAGUGUUGUUUCUUUCCUGGAACGAAAUCAUGGAUAUUCCUGCAGAGAUUCUAAGACCACUGCAAAAGUUGCGCAUCGUGGAUUUAUCUCAUAAUAAACUGAGAACAUUGCCAGACAACAUAUUUACAGACUCCAGCAUAGAGAGUCUUGAUCUCUCGCACAAUCAAUUUACAAGGCUGCCCGUUAAGAGUAUGUCAGUGACUUCUACUGCGAAAUUAGCAAGUUUAGACAUGUCCUGGAAUGUUUUAUCAGGGAUUCAUAGCACCGAUACAAUAUUUAGACUCAGAGGUCUCGUGUGGCUAGAUCUUUCAUAUAAUCGACUUGUUAGAUUAGACGACGGUGUAUUUUCCGAUUUACCAUAUCUAGCUCAUCUCGAUUUAAGCCACAAUAAGCAACUUGUUUUGGAAAGCCGUGGAAGAACGUUCUAUGGCUUAGAAGAUACGCUUCUAUAUCUAAGUCUGAGUAAUAUUUCUCUUCUAAGUGUUCCAGAAUUACCUUUGAGACGAUUACAAACUUUAUAUCUGGCACAUAACGAGCUGGCAUCAAUUCCUCCGGAAAUGUCAUUGAAUCUGACGUCUCUUCACUAUUUAGAUUUAAGUUUCAAUGAUUUAACAGUAGUACCAUUGAUCACUCACACAUUGCCGGAAUUGAAGACCUUCAACUUGGCAAACAAUCCCAUUACCGCCAUUACGAAUACCAGCUUUCUUGGGGUGACUGACAGUCUCGAAGAGCUUGAUAUACAAAGGCUUAGUCUAUCAACUUUUGAAGCAGGUGCAUUCUGCAAAGCCAGCAAACUCCGUAAAUUGCACAUCACUGCAUACAACGAUAUAAAGAAUUUCAAUUUUCCCAACAUUCUGAAAUAUAAUCAUGGUUUAAAACAUUUGCUCAUUGAUGUUCAAAAUGACACCGAUUUAGAAAAGGAAAUGAGGGGAAAAUUACCCUAUAAAUUGUACAACAUUACAUUGACUGGUAAAUCUUUGAAGAAUAUACAUCCAGAGAUAUUGCGCGGCAUGCGAAAUCCGCAUCUUCAUUUUGGCUUGUACAAUACCAGUGUGACGAUCGUGCCUCGGGAAAUAUUCAGAAAUGCACAACAUGUGCGCAACGUAACAGUGGAGAUUCGCGAUAGUGAUAUUCGAACGCUGCAUAAUCCAUCAUCCGGUUACAAACCAGGAGUACCAAGCGAACGAUUCCUCAUGAAGCUUCGAUUAGCAGGCAGUCAUCUCAAUUGCGAUUGCGAUAUUGGAUGGAUAGAAGUAUGGCAGAGGAAACACAGACAAUACCGAGAGGAUCGAUGUAUCUCUUAUGAUGAAUUUCAUAAUUUCGAGCAUGAAGAGGAUGACAAGUUCAAUUGUUGGGAUAAUGGUUGGGAUGAUGAUAUCCGCGAGACAUUUUGUCUAAACAAAAAUAAUGUAUCGUUAUCGAACUUGUUAAAAACGGAGCUAGAAUGUGGCUGGGGCGCGGCAAGUCACACUUUGAGACUGAAUAUUAUCGUUUUCUUGGUAUUUUCGGUCGUUUUAGUUGUCGUUUAUUAAUUCGAUUUCAUUGUUUUCUAUUUAAUACUCUCAAAUUAAUUUAUGAUAUUUUAUUAUAUUAAAGGAAUAAUUAACAACUAGAUUAUUAGGCGUGUUCAUAAAUUUGUACAAAGCAAAACCACAAUUAAAACUACAAUUAAAAAA